AUGAAGGUCAAGGAAGACGACUCCAGCCCAUCUUUACUGAGAAGGAGCCUGAGCUUCACCACGUCCAACUCACUCACCAGCAUCUCUCAUACCCCGGCUGAACUCUCAAAUUCAAUCACAUUACCAACCAAAAGAGUCUCACUUCGGUAUUCUGCGUUCAGUUAUCUCCAACUACGCAUUGUCUUCAGCUUUGUCCUCAAAGUCUCGUUACAACCGACUCCACCCUCCCCUUUACUAUCACGAAUCACCAAGAUGAACGCGCCUGAUCGGGAGUCUAUGUCUGCCUGGUCGGAAGACGGACUCGAAACGGCUUCACCUUGUUAUGAUUCCCUUCAGGCUUCCCUUCACGUCACCCUUCCCGUCACCCUCGAGGAGGUGGCCAUGGUCUUCUCCUGGCUUCCUUGCCGGGCUCUGCCAGAGGCUCCUUCGCAAGGCACGGAACUACGCAUAUCAAAGACUCCCAGACUCCAGAACCACCCUCUCUCAACGCAUCUGAGCCACAUCAUUUUCGAGCUCUUCCUGCUCGGUGAAGGCGAGAAGAAGAUCGAGGAGAAUGUCUUCUCUGGAAUGUCCAACACGUCCGACUUCGUCAUCAAGAAGGAGGACCACACUCUUGGCAACCUCCUGUCCGAGCACCUGAAGAUGCACAAGAACGUCCUCAUGGCGGGCUACAAGAUCGCGCAUCCAAACGUCCCCGAGAUGUUCAUUCGAGUCCAGACAGACGGCACGAUCACCGCCAAGGAAGCCUUGGUACAGGUCAUCAAGAAGCUCAUGCAGGACUUGUCCCACCUCAGUCGCGAGUUUACUCGCGAGUUCGAGCUUCGUCGUAUGGUCGAGGCCGGCCGUUCGAAUCAGCAGGGCCAGUAA